AUGAACAGUUCUGGUGGACAUUAUUUAAACAUGGGGGCGGUGCUGUCACCAAUAGGUGCCGCCCGUUUGAGUCAGCUGACCCUGGGCUGCUCUGUCAUCUCAUUGGUGAUCCACAGCGCCGGCUACAGCGCCACCUACGGAGCGUUCUGUAUGACUGUCUGGACCUCCUGCUUUGCCGUUACAGCGGCCAUUUUCGUACUGGAUGCGACACGUCUUCACACGUGUCUUCCUGUGUCCUGGGAGAAUCUAACCGUGACCUUUGCAGCUCUAGCUGCUCUCCUGACCCUCACAGCCUCUGUAGUCUAUCCAGUGUACUUCGUACGCCCGGAGUGCCCUUAUAAUAACUGCGAGCAAAGAAACUUUCGCAUCGCUGUGACCGUGUGCUCUUGGGCGGCGUGCGUCGCGUAUGGUGUGGAGGUUUUUCUGUCACGUGCCAAACCAGGCCGUGUCGUGGGCUACAUGGCGACACCCUCCGGGAUCCUGAAGGUGGUGCAAAGCUUCGCCGGAUGUGUCAUUUUUGGAAUGCUCGCCAACGGAAGUGGCUUUUCGAGCCACGUCGCCACCAUCUACUGCGUGGUUGUGUUUGCGGUCUGCUUCGCAAUCACGGUGCUCAUGGUUGCGUUGACCGUCUCUGGCCGUACUGCCGUUCUGCGGCUGCCGUUCGACCGGUUUGUGGUGGUUUACACAUUCGCUGCAGUGCUGUUGUACCUCAGUGCGGCCGUGGUUUGGCCUGUCUUCUGCUUUGACAAAAAGUAUGGAACACCUUUCCGGCCGCAGGGCUGCCCUCGGGGCCAGUGCUCGUGGGACGUGAAGCUCGCCGUGACUGUUCUGUGCUAUGUCAACCUUGUGCUCUACAUCACAGAUCUCGUCUAUUCCCAGAGAGCCCGAUCGGUGUCACAGUGUCCUCGAGUGUAG